GAGGUGCUGAGUGGUGGAUGGCUAGGUAAGUUUCAGAGAAAGUCAGUGUGCACUGUGUGUGCAGUUCCUCUCUCAGCAGAAGCAGCAGCCGCCUUUCUCGUUCUGCUAAAUGACCUUACAGAAAAUGGACGCUGUGGAGGUGUUUGCGGCUGGAGAGAAAGGCCGCGGGCUCCGGACCACCAAGGAGAUGAAACCUGGUGAGGUGGUAUUUGCGGAGGCCAGCUUCGCUGCUGUGGUCUUUGACAGUCUGUCCAUGCACGUGUGUCACGGCUGCUUCCGCAGACAGGUUAAUCCACACCGCUGUGCCCAGUGCAAGUUUGCCCAUUACUGUGACCGCACAUGCCAGCGAGCUGCCUGGGAGGAGCACAAGCAGGAGUGUGCCGCCAUCAAACAGCGUGGCAAGGCACCCAGUGAGAAUGUGCGUCUGGCGGCACGAGCUCUAUGGCGCAUGCAGAAACACAAGGGAAAAAUCUUCGACACACAGCUCACAACUCUAGACCUCUUGGAGGACCACAUCUCUGCAAUGACCCCAGAGGACCUUAAACAGCUCAAAGUGGAUGUUGACAACUUCCAGGACUACUGGCAAGGCAACAGCAAGCAGUAUAGCACAGACUACGUCUCACAUAUCUUUGGUGUGAUCAACUGCAAUGCCUUCACUCUGAGUGACCAGCGUGGGCUCCAGGCAGUCGGAGUGGGCCUUUUUCCUAACCUCUGUCUGGUCAACCAUGACUGCUGGCCCAACUGUACAGUCAUCCUCAAUCAUGGCAGGAUUGAGCUGCGCGCCUUAGAAAAGAUCCCAGAAGGUGUCGAGUUGACGGUCAGCUAUGUGGACUUCUUAAACUUAUCCAAAGAUCGUCAGAAGCUACUCAAGAAGCAGUAUUACUUUGACUGUAAGUGCGAGCACUGCAGCAAUGGCAUCAAGGACGACCUCAUGAUGGCAGUGAAAGAGACAGAAGGCAAAAAGCCUUCGGCCGAGCUGGUGAAGGAGGUCACAGACUUUAGUGUGGAGGCUUUGGCCAAAAUUGAGCAAGCUCGCAUGGAGGGAAACUUUCAUGAGGUAGUUAAAAUCUGCCGUGAGUGCUUGGAGAAGCAGGAACCGGUGCUGGCUGAGACGCAUCUCUACCUGCUGCACGUGUUCAAGGUGAUCAGCGAGGUGCUGUCAUACCAGCAGUCCUUCCAGGAGGCUGCAGAAUACGCAGGCAGGAUGGUGGAAAGCUACAUGAAGCUCUAUCACCCAAACAAUGCUCAGCUUGGCAUGGCCAUCAUGAGGGCAGGCGUGACACACUGGCACGCAGGGCUGAUCGAAGCUGCUCAUGGCCUGAUCUGUAAAGCCUAUGCAAUCCUCAUGGUUACACACGGACCCCAUCACCCAAUUACAAAGGACUUAGAGGCUAUGCGCACACAGACAGAGAUGGAGCUGCGCAUGUUUAAGGAGAACGAAUAUGUCUACCACACCAUGCGUGAAGCCGCUCUCACCAGCAGACACACAGCCACUAGCCUGCUCAAGAGCAAAUAGAUCUUCAAACACAUGUAACUAAUUUUAUCACACCUAAGAAAAGCAUAUCUGCAGUGUUGGAUAUUCCCAACCCUGAGCUGGAAAACCCCUCAAAACGAUUAAUUACUAAUGACUGUGAAAUUAAUGUAGCAGUGUUGAGGUUGAAAUAGAAAGAAAAUGUUCACUGGUUGGUAAAUUUCCCUGUAUGUCUCUCUGAUUUGGAAAAUGUUUGUGUAAAUAAACCUUGCAAGACAUGGAAAUUGCCCAAUAAAUUUCAAAUAAGGUGUU